CUGGUGCUGGUUGGCGACGGCGGCGUUGGCAAAACCACCUUUGUCAAGCGCCACCAGACCGGCGAGUUUGAGAAGAAGUAUGUCGCGACGCUCGGUGUGGAGGUGCACCCGCUCCGAUUCCACACGAACCGCGGCGAGCUGGUCUUCAACGUGUGGGACACGGCGGGGCAGGAGAAGUUUGGCGGGUUGCGCGACGGGUACUACAUCCAGGGCCAGUGCGCCAUCAUGAUGUUUGACGUCACCUCGCGCAUCACCUACAAGAAUGUUCCCAACUGGCACCGGGACCUGGUGCGCGUGUGCGACAACAUUCCGAUCGUGCUUGUGGGCAACAAGGUGGACGUGAAGGAGCGCAAGGUGAAGGCGAAGCAGAUCACCUUCCACCGCAAGAAGAACCUGCAGUACUACGACAUAUCCGCAAAGUCAAACUACAACUUCGAGAAGCCCUUCCUCUGGCUUGCGCGGAAGCUCUGCGGCGACCCGCAGCUCGUCUUUGUCGAGUCGCCAGCGCUCGCGCCGCCGGAGAUCCAGAUCGACCAGCAGGUCGCGCAGCAGUACCAGCAGGAGCUCGACGCCGCCGCCAUGGCGCCGCUCCCCGACGAGGACGAGGACUUGUAGACGCGCCGCCGCCGCGGCCGCAGCGGCGCUGCGGACCGCACCACUGCACCACUUACCUGACGUGCCCGGGCACGACCGUACAUGGGGGAGUCGGGGGGGAGGGGGGGGGUCUCUGGGCUCCGCAAAGCGCGCCGAAGCCCACGGAGG